AAUUCAGUGGAUGAAGUUUUGAGAUAAAUUUACUACACAAUCUGUCUCGAUAAUGGUUUAUAUUGUAUCUCAAAGUAAUUUUCCAAUCUUUGCACUUCAGUUGUAUCAUUAAUAUAAUUAUAAUAAAAAUGAAAGUAAGAAAUCUGAAACAUUAUCUUAUCAGCUGAAAGCUUGCGAGACAAGCCACCUCACGUACGCAAGAAUGAAGAAAGCAGCAAGUGAAUAUUUGAAAAGGAGAUAUAUAGGAGCAGAGGCACAGGGGAAAAAUUACGAGAACAUGUUGAGCUUCUCCAGCGGUUGGCAUUCAAAAUCAUGUUUGGACGGCGUUCUGGGAGUUCAAAACCAUCAAAUGCCAUAUUGUGGAGCUUUCUGUUCAUAUGGACUGCGAAGGAUGCGAGAAGAGAAUAAGAAGAGCAAUCUCCAAAAUGGAAGGGGUUGAUAGCUUGGAAAUAGACAUGGAUAGGCAGAAGGUGACGGUAACAGGAUAUGUGGAUCAGAGAAAGGUCCUGAAGGUAGUGAGAAGAACAGGAAGGAAGGCUGAGUUUUGGCCAUUCCCCUAUGACGUUGAAUAUUAUCCUUAUGCAGCUCAGUACUUGGAUGAAACCACCUACACAACUUCCUACAACUAUUACAGGCAUGGGUUCAAUGAAAGCGUGCAUGGAUAUUUUCCUGACCAGGCCUAUGAGACCGUUGAUGAUAACACAGUUCAUCUUUUCAGUGAAGAUAAUGUUCAUGCCUAUUGCACCAUUAUGUGACUCACUGCUGCUCUUCCCAAGCCUGAGAAAAGUGUUUUUCUUUUUUUUUUUUCUUUUUAUCUUUCUUUUCAUUAUAACAAAUCCAUUGUCAAAUGACAAAUAAGAUAAAACAAAAACAGAUAAUAGUUUAUCUA